AUGUCCCGUUUCCGAUGUUGCGAGCCCAAUGAAUAUAACGGCGCCAAGUACCGGUUCAUAACCACGGAUAUGUUUGGAGAAGUCCUUCAGAAGAUUCUGGACCGGCAGGGCAAGAUGCCUGCAUCGAAAACCACAUCCAGCCUCGGCAUGCUCGUGAUCGACGUUUUGGAGGGUGUCCACAGCUACGAGCCCAUCCACGCCGAUGUGAAGGCACACAGCCGGCUACUUGUUUUCGGCGAAGGCAGUGAAGACAGGAUGUAUCUCCUGGACUUUGGUUUGGCCUGUCGGUACACGCAAAAUGGCAAGCCCAAGGAAUACAAGGAAGAUUUCAGGAAGGCGUACGACGGCACCACCGAGUUCACGAGUCGGGACGCCGACAUUGGCGUGCACUCGCGAAGGGCCGACAUGGAACGCCUAGGAUACAAUCUGCUCCGGUGGCUUUGCUGCCGAGGCAGUUUCAGGAGCAAGGCAGUUUCAGGACCUGUCGUGGCUCUGUGGCAGAAUACCUGA